AUGAGUGAGGAGGACCAAGAGAAAACAGCGUUCUACACCGACCAAGGUGUUUACUGCUAUACUACCAUGCCGUUCGGGCUAAAAAACACCGGGGCAACCUAUCAAAGGCUGAUCAACCGCCUUUUCAAAGAUCAAAUUGGCCGCAAUGUGGAGGCCUACGUGGACGACAUUCUAGUUAAAAGUUUAACCACCUCGACUUUCCUGUCAGAUGUGAGGGAGGUCUUCGGCGUCCUGCGGGACUCAAGGAUGAAGUUGAAUCCCAAGAAGUGCGUCUUUGGUGUCACCUCAGGAAAAUUCUUGAGGUAUCUGGUUUCCCACCGGGGAAUCGAAGCUAACCCCGACAAAGUCAAAGCCAUUCAGGACAUGUCCCCACCUCGGAACCUCCGAGAAGUCCAUAGACUGAAUGGACGCCUGGCCGCGCUGAACCGCUUCCUGUCUCAAUCUGCUGAGAAAGCCUUGCCCUUCUUUAAGCUGUACCUCUACCUCUCCGCCGCCGACGAAGCUGUCAGUGCUGUGCUCAUCCGAGAUGAGGGGACCCAAGUACCGGUCUACUAUGUCAGCCGGGCUCUCCGUGGGCCAGAGACUCGAUAUACCCAGGUGGAAAAACUCGUACUAGGGUUGGUCCACGCCGCCCGGCGGCUGAAACCCUAUUUCCUAGCUCAUCCUAUCUCCGUCAGGACAGACCAGCCUAUUCGACAAAUACUGGUCCGACCCGAGGCUUCCGGGCGCCUCACUAAGUGGGCCGUCGAGUUAGGGGAGUACGACCUGUCGUAUGAGCCACGCACCGCCAUAAAAGCUCAAGCCAUAGCCGACUUCUUGGCCGAACUCACCUUCACGGAAGGUCGAGAAUCCACUUCCGCCAUCGCCGAAGUGUCCACCCCCCACCUGUGGAUGUUAUAUGUGGACGGAUCCUCUAACGGGGAUGGCAGUGGAGCAGGACUGCUCCUGGAGGGCCCCCAGGGAGAAGUGUGCUCGUAUGCCCUCCGCUUUGACUUCCCAGCCACCAACAAUGAAGCCGAAUAUGAGGUCUUGAUCGCGGGACUCCAACUAGCCCGCAGGCUCGGUGCACAGCGGAUCCACGUCCGUACCGACUCCGAACUUGUAGUAUGCCAAGUUCUCGGUGAAUAUGAGACUAAGGAUGAGAUCAUACAACGAUAUCUCUCCAAAGUCCACCAACUCACCGCAUACUUCGAGUCUUUCGAAAUCCAAAAAAUCCCCCGCUCCCAGAAUAGGCGGGCUGACGCCUUAUCCCGGCUGGCUUCCACAUCAUUUUCUGACCUCAACAAGACCGUCUUAGUGGAAGUACUGAGCGAGCCGGGAUACAUGGAAGAGGUGGCUUGCUCUGUAAACUCGGGAGAUACAUGGAUGAGCCCAUUCAUCCUUUUCUUACGGCAGGGAAUCCUCCCCGAGGAUCGAGCCGAGGCGAGAAAGAUACAACGCAAAGCCGCUCGGUAUGCUCUCCGCGAGGGAGAACUCUAUAAACGCUCCUACCUUGGCCCGUGGCUGAGGUGCGUUACGCCCGAGGAAGGACGCCAAGUCCUCCACGAGGUACACGAAGACCUAUGUGGGGCCCACGUCAGCCAUAGGAUGUUGGCCAAGAAGACCUUGCUCCUUGGGUAUUUCUGGCCUUCCGUUCGACAGGAUGCCCAAAAUCUUGUUCUCGGCUGCCCAUCCUGCCAAGUCCACGCCCCCGAGCACCACCAGCCCUCAAACUUCAUGAUCAUCAUCUCAGACAAUGGGAGACAGUUUGCCGAGAACCCAUUUAGGACUUGGUGCGAGAACCUCGGCAUCAAACAACACUUCACUUCGACCCGACUACACCGAGCUGCAUCAUCUUGGGUGGAAGAACUACCCAGUGUCCUGUGGUCAUAUUGGACCACGCCGAGGUCAUCCACGCAAGAAACCCCCUUCUCCUUGACCUAUGGAGCCGAGGCUGUCAUCACUGCUGAGAUCCUAACACCCAACCCUCGGCUGGCAGCCUAUGUCGCCGAGGUGAACGGAGAAGAGAGACAGUUGGAUCUCGACCUCGUCGACGAGAGAAGGGACGUUGCCUCAGCUCGGGUAGCUUCCUACAAGAACACCCUGACCCGUUACUACAAUGCCCUCGUCAAACAUCGGCGAUUCCUGCCAGGUGACUUGGUACUUAGAAAAAACUCGGUCAGCUGA